AGACACUUAAUUACCUGAAGUCGUUGUGCAGUGGCGGGAAGCACCUGCUCGCUUUUCCUCAGGCUUCCUCAGGCUUCAUCUUUCUCACCUGUGCGCAGCAGGUAGGCUAGUUAUCAUUUUUUUCUUUUCUUUUUUUUCUCUUGGAGGAGACAGAGGUGUUGUCCGCAGCACACUGUGGAUGAGAACUCACUCUUGGGUUUCUUCAUGGCAAGAAGACUCAACAAUGUGUGCCUAGCAUGGCUGUGGCUCCUUCACCGACCACCCAGGGACCGGUAUGGCUUUUAGCCGCAUCAGUAAACUGGACCCCCCGUCCCGAGGCAUCUUCAGGAAAGCGGCGGUCAUGCUGGGCUCCCUCCUCACCUCUCUCUUCCUCCUGCACUGCCUCGCCGACCGCCACAGCACCACCUUACCCUCACCGGUCAAACACUCCCCCAGCCGGCUCUUCGAGGACUUAAGGUCGCAGAGGACUAAAAGGCUGGUGUAUGAAUGGACCGCCGGGUCGGAGCUGACGGACUACGGGGCCACAAGGCGCUCCUCUCGGGUCCUAGCGGAUGAGCGCGCGGGGCAAGCUUUGGAGGUGUCAGAGGAGUCUCUCAUCCUGCCUCCGCCGGAUUUAGUCGCCUCCAGAAAAGUGUCGCCGAGGUUUGCAGGUAAACUCAGUCCGCUUGGGGAGGGAAGCAAGAAGCUGCCACAGGCUCUCAUCAUCGGGGUGAAGAAGGGAGGGACCCGGGCUCUGCUGGAGUUCCUCCGGGUUCAUCCGGACAUCAGAGCCGUAGGAGCGGAGCCGCACUUCUUCGACCGCAACUAUGAGAACGGACUAGAGUGGUACAGGGAGUUAAUGCCCAAGACCCUAGAGGGACAGAUCACCAUGGAGAAAACCCCCAGCUACUUUGUAACCAGAGAGGCUCCAGCCCGCAUCUCCGCCAUGUCCCGGGACACCAAGCUGAUUGUCGUAGUGAGGGACCCCGUCACCAGGGCUAUCUCAGACUACACACAGACACUGUCUAAGAAGCCUGACAUUCCCUCUUUCGAGAGCCUCACCUUCAAAAACAGGACUACGGGGCUCAUCGACACCUCAUGGAGCGCCAUCCAGAUCGGCAUCUACGCCAAGCACCUGGACAACUGGCUGCAGUACUUCCCCAUGGGCCAGAUCCUGUUUGUGAGCGGCGAGCGGCUAAUCAGCGACCCGGCCGGAGAGCUGGGCCGCGUGCAGGACUUCCUGGGACUCAAGAGGAUCAUCACAGACAAACACUUUUACUUCAACCAGACCAAGGGUUUCCCAUGCCUCAAGAAGGCAGAAGGCAGCAGCAAGCCCCACUGCCUGGGUAAAACCAAAGGGCGGACCCACCCGAACAUUAACCCUGAGGUGGUGCAGAGGCUACGGGACUUCUACAGACCCUUCAACAUGAAGUUCUACCAGAUGACGGGGCGUUUUUUUGGCUGGGAUGACUGAAUGUUUGUUUUCUCUGUGACACAGAGGAGAGGCAGAAGUGUGAUGGAGUAUUAGGGCCACUCCAGGGGGAAAAAAAGAAAUUUUGAGGGUACAGUCAUAAUAUUUGAAGAAAAACAUUAGAUUGUGAGAAUAAAGUCAUGAUUAGGGGGAAAAUGUCAGAAUACCUAACUAAUGGAGGUGAAAGAAAUAGUUGUUGUAGCAAAAAACACUUAUGAAGUAUUAAAUAUAUUUUGAGGUUGUUGUGCACUACAGUCAGAACAUGUUUAUAUAAGCCAAAAAUAUAUGUAAUUGAACUGUAAUGCUAAAACAUAAAUCUAAGCUGAUCCACCCAAUCUAAUUAUACCAUUUUGGUU